UCUAAACGUGUAAAAGGAUGAGGGGUAGGUCCUGACACUUAUCUUCCUUGACUGGAGUCCUCAUUGAAGAACUCCAUCAAAAUCUGGAGAAAAAUGGCAGAUUACAGCAGAAGCAAGGAGCUGAAGAAAUUCGAUGACACAAAAGCCGGUGUUAAAGGACUUGUAGAUUCUGGAAUCGUAAACGUCCCCAAGAUGUUCAUACGACCAGCAGAUGAGCUUGCCCAGGAACUCAUCAUCAAUCCCACCCACACAAACAACAACAACAACAAUCAAAUUCCCACUGUCGAUCUCAGCGGCACGGAAGCCGGCGGAAGCCGGCGUAAGGAGACGGUGGACCAAAUUAAGGCGGCAUCAAAAGAGUGGGGUAUUUUCCAAGUAACCAAUCACGGGAUCCCUUUGAACGCGAUGGAUGAGAUGAUCGACGGGGUGCGUUUGUUUAACGAGCAAGAUCUGGGGUUGAAGAGAGAGAUCUACAGCCACGACACCACGAAGACGGUGAGAUUCAAUUCCUACGCUGAUUUGUAUACAUCGAAAAUUGCCGAUUGGAGGGACACGCUUUUCCUUUCUUCCUUCCGUUCCGAUCUUGACCCCAACGAAAUCCCAGCAGUUUGCAGAAACUCAACCAUGGAGUAUGUAAAGCAUAUCAAAAGACUAGGGGAAACGCUAUUCGAGUUGCUAUCGGAGGCACUCGGGCUCCGAUCGGACCACCUCGGCUCGAUGGGGGGCAGCAAAGGGUGUAGCAUCGUGUGCCACUACUAUCCCCCUUGUCCCCAACCGGAACUCACUUUGGGACUGAAAGAACACACGGAUCCUGGCUUCUUGAACGUGCUUUUGCAGAACGAAAUCGACGGUCUCCAAGUCCUUCACCAGUGUCAAUGGCUAGAUGUUCACCCCACUCGAGGGGGACUGAUCGUAAACAUCGGAGAUCUUCUUCAGAUUGUAUCGAAUGGCAAGUUGAAGAGUGUGAGGCACAGGGCAGUAAACAAGAAUGCAGGACCAAGAAUUACAGUGUCCAGCUCUUUCUCGGGACAUGUAAGCUUGCUUCACAAAACGUUCAGCCCAAUCAGUGAGUUGACAUCCGAGCCUGAUCCUCCUCGAUACAAAGACUUUGUGUUAAAGGAAUAUUAUGCCAGAUAUUUAUCCAAAUCAGAUGGUAAAUCUCUUACCGAAUGCUACAAGCUGUGAAAAAGUAAGGUAAUUAACCCCAUCAAUGGCAAUCAUAGAUUUAGAUUACGGUUGUUAUCGUGUUUUCGAUUGUGUUUAUCGCGAUCGCGGUCAUGUUUUCGAUCACGUUAACCGUGAUUGUGACAAUAACGGAUAUUUUACGGUUGUUGUGGGUAUUGUAGUUGUACAAUAACAGUUUCGGACGGCACCUAUAACGAUCACUAUUAUAAUAAGGGACCGCUAUUUUAUCAUGUAUGCAGACUGUACCAAGCUUU